CCUCCCCUUCCCUCCCCGCGCCGCCGCGGCCGCCUCCCUCCCUCCUUCCCUCCCGCGGGAUCCCGGCUCCUGCGUCCGUCGGUCGGCCGGGCAGUGUGUCCGCGCGCGCGCGGCGCCCCGGGGCCCCACAGGGUAAGGGCACGGAAGCGGGACCGCGGCCCCCUCCCACUCCGGGGGGAGCCCGGGAGGCGGCGGUGCCGACGCGCGGGCGGAGGAGCAGGCAGAGCGGAGGUCGCGAGCACGAGUGGGGUGGGGCGUGCCCACGGCCCCCGCCCCCCUCGCUCCCCUCGGCCCCCCGCCCAGCUCCAGAGCCGCAGCCCCGGGGCCCUCGGGCCGGGGGUCCGCGCUGUGCUCUCCUGCUGUGUUCUGCGACCACCCAGGCCUUCCAGGACACUGCUGUGGAGAGGGGACAGGGGGACAGGGCCGACCCUGCAGCAGGAGCCGUCGGGGAGGGGCGGACCGAGGCUGGGCAAGCCGCCCCGCAGAAGCUGAGCGCGGGGUCUGGGACGCAGUGGGAGCGCAGAGUGCCGGUGAGCGCCGCAGCGAGCAAGCGCAGGCUGGGGCCCGGCUCCUGGGUGACAGGCCCUGCCUGGCGGGGUGAAGAGGGCUGGAGACUGGACCUAGCCCAGGGGCUGAGCAUCGGCGGCACCGGCAUCGAGGAGCCCCUGUCCUCCCGGCCUAGGGGAGACACCUGCUGUGGCCGCAUCCCUCAUCUGAGACAGCCCCGCCGCCAAGGGGCCCUGGCGCCUGGAUCUGCACUCGGGCUCCUUUGACUGAGGCCUCCAGGCCUGGGCAGGACCGACCUUGCUGCCCGCCUGCUCCCCGCCACCGGAGUGGGGCCCGGGGCGGUGGCAGCAGCCAUGUCACGGCCAGGCCAGGGCGUGAUGGUGCCCGUGUCCGGGCUGGGCUUCCCCCCGCAGAACGUGGCCCGGGUGGUGGUGUGGGAGUGGCUGAAUGAGUACAGCCGCUGGCGGCCCUACACGGCCACCGUGUGCCACCACAUUGAGAACGUGCUCAAGGAGGAUGCCCGGGGCUCCGUGGUCCUGGGGCAGGUGGACGCCCAGCUGGUACCCUACAUCAUUGACCUGCAGUCCAUGCACCAGUUUCGCCAGGACACAGGUGAGUCUGCUCCUACCGGCCCCAUCCCCGCGGCCGCCACCGAAGGGGGCUGGGUGCUGAGAUGCCACCCAGCACCCCAGGAGGAGGGGGCUGCAGACCGGAGCUGCAGCCUCCUCGCCCCACCCCCACCCCCAGGGACAAGGGACAAUCCCGCCACGGCCCAGUUAAGACCUGGGUUCCAGUGCAGCAUCUUAGAUGAAUUGCUGCUGGCCGCCCGCCGAGACCCCCCAGGCAGGGAGAAGCGCCUGGAAACCCGCGGGGGCUGGCAGGGGAACGCUGCUGGGCGGGGGGGGACCAGCUCCCACUUCACCCAGGAGCAGAAGCUUGGCAGGAAAGCAGCGCUCGUCCCCACUCGCUCCAGCGGCGUGAGCGCGCGCGCCUCCAUCCCGCCGGGGGUCCCUGCGCUCCCGGUGAAGAACUUGAACGGUACGGGGCCGGUGCACCCGGCCCUGGCAGGCAUGACCGGGAUCCUGCUGUGCGCCGCGGGGCUGCCCGUGUGCCUGACGCGGGCGCCCAAGCCCAUCCUGCACCCGCCGCCCGUGAGCAAGAGCGACGUGAAGCCGGUGCCCGGCGUGCCGGGCGUGUGCCGCAAGACCAAGAAGAAGCACCUCAGGAAGAGGCCCUGAGCACCCCAACCCCGGAAAGAAGUUCACAGCCAGAGGCUUCCCGCGCCACUGCUAUCUGCCCAACAACGAGAAGGGGCGCAAGGUCUUGCGGCUGCUCAUCACCGCCUGGGAGCGCCGGCUCAUCUUCACCAUCGGCACGUCCAACACCACGGGCGAGUCGGACACCGUGGUGUGGAACGAGAUCCACCACAAGACCGAGUUCGGCUCCAACCUCACGGGCCACGGCUACCCGGACGCUAGCUACCUGGACAACGUGCUGGCCGAGCUCACGGCCCAGGGUGUGUCGGAGGCUGCGGCCAAGGCCUGAGGCCCCAGGCGGCCUGCCUGCCCUCCUGCUUCGCCCCCGGCCCGGCUCAGGGCGGGGGAGCAGCCUGCAGAAGCCGUAGGAACGCUCACGACGCGCGGGGACAGCGGGGGAGGUCGGGCCGCAGAGAGUUCCAGAAGCCACAGCAGCCUCCCUGCUGGGGGGACAGCGUCCCACCCCCUCACACAUGCGCACGCACACCCACGUGCCUCGAUGGACCCCAAGCUGGGGGCGAAGACAGACGCCCCCCCCCAUAACCGAGGGUUCUCAUCUCUGUCCUGACUUGGCGCCUGCGUGGCUUCCCGGGAGGGAAACAGAUCUGGGGAGCCCGGCCCAUCCCUCCCCCCCAGCCACCUCCGCAUGGGGGCGGGAGGGCGAGGCCUCCUGCUGUGCGCGUGUCUUCGUCUGUCUGGGACCCUGACUCCACUCCCAUCACCAGGCCUUAUUCCGUCCCAGGUAAGGGCACCUGCUCUCCCCCCCACCCCUCCUCCAGCCACAGCAGCCAGAGGAGGGGCCCACUUUAGUCCAGAGUGGAUGUUGAAGGGUCAACCUCCCUCUCCUUGGGAGUGGGCAGCGGGUGGCUGAUGGUCUGCGGCCAACCAGGGGCCUGUUGCCCCGGCAACUCACCAGCUCCGCCUCUGUCGAUUGGCUGCCAAGAUUUAAAGGGACGCCAGCGACUGCUCUCUUGAAAACCUACCAGUCCCACUGUGGGCGGAGAAAUAAAUGGUCUUUCUCCUCCUCA